GAAGACAGAAAAUUGUUCAUAGGAAUGGUUUCGAAGAAGUGUAAUGAGAACGAUAUCAGAGUGAUGUUUUCUCCAUUUGGCCAGAUAGAAGAAUGCCGAAUCCUUCGGGGACCAGAUGGACUCAGCAGAGUGCACAGCUUCAAUACGGAGUCUAGCCGAGGGCUGCUCCUCACCAAUUGUCGUGAAGUUUGCUGAUACCCAAAAGGACAAAGAGCAAAGACGUUUACAGCAGCAAUUGGCACAACAAAUGCAACAGCUCAAUACUGCCACGUGGGGAAACCUUACAGGCCUUGGAGGAUUUACCCCACAGUACCUGGCUCUUCUGCAGCAAGCCACAUCCUCCAGUAACUUGGGUGCCUUCAGUGGCAUUCAACAAAUGGCCGGGAUGAAUGCUUUACAGCUACAAAAUUUGGCAACCUUAGCAGCUGCAGCGGCCGCAGCCCAGUCCUCAGCCAACACCACCAAUGCGAAUCCACUCUCCACAGCAUCAGGGGCCCUUGGUGCACUCACAAGCCCAGUGGCUGCAUCAACAGCAAAUUCCACAGCUGGGGCAGCAAUGAAUUCUUUGACUUCUCUGGGGACUCUACAAGGACUAGCUGGAGCAACAGUUGGAUUGAAUAAUAUUAAUGCACUAGCAGGUACCGUAAACAUUGCUCAAAUGCUCUCAGGUAUGGCUGCCCUGAAUGGAGGACUCGGUGCAACAGGCUUGACCAAUGGUACAGCUGGCACAAUGGAUGCCCUCACCCAAGCCUACUCAGGAAUACAGCAGUAUGCCGCUGCGGCACUACCCACGCUAUACAGUCAAAGUUUGCUACAACAACAAAGUGCUGCAGGCAGCCAGAAAGAAGGUCCAGAAGGAGCAAACCUUUUCAUUUAUCAUCUCCCACAAGAGUUUGGAGACCAGGAUAUUCUGCAGAUGUUUAUGCCUUUUGGAAAUGUUAUUUCUGCUAAGGUCUUCAUUGACAAACAGACUAAUCUGAGCAAGUGUUUUGGUUUUGUUAGCUAUGACAAUCCUGUCUCGGCACAAGCUGCAAUACAGGCGAUGAACGGCUUUCAAAUUGGCAUGAAACGGCUGAAAGUACAGCUGAAGCGCUCAAAAAAUGACAGCAAACCUUACUGACCGUUCUCCCAGAAGCUUUCUGCUCUUAAUUUAGUUUCCUUAGGACAUCUUCAUGCCCGUUAGUUCAUCGUUUGCCUAGCAUGUCCCUGUGACGUCUUAAAAAAGUUUCAUCGUCCCGUCAUUGUUUCUGAUGUCUUUCUGACCUCACAUCAUAAUUUGGUUCUCCUACUGAUCUUUGAUCUAUAGUUUGAACCUUUGAAAUUUGCAUGUGACCUCAUCUAGCUAUAUGAAUUCUGGGAAGUCAAUGUGAAAAGCAUUGCUGCAUUUAUGCAAGAUCAAAAUUUAUUUGUAGUCAAAUUUAUGAUAGGAGUAUUAACAAACACACACACACAUACACACACACACACAAAACCUGUGGCAAAAUGUUUUGUUUAAAGU